UGUGAAAGUGUAGAUAUGUAUGUAUGUACAAGUACAUGUGAGAAUGUGCAAAAAGUGAGUGUCGCAAUGAAAGCAAGUAAAGUAGAGCUCGGUUGAAGAGCAGUAAAAUCGAAAGCGAUAGUCCGCAGUGGAAAUUGGGACGACGAGGACAGUAACGGAAGGAAAUUCGCAUUCUGUGUAUGUGUACAAAAACAAAAACAACAACAACAAUCACAAUAAGAGUGACUACCUACGCACUGUGACUGCUGCCAGCGCCUAAUUAGUGCAUUGGGCGGAUACUCGGUGCAGGCAAAAGUCGUUGCCAACACCAACAACAACAAUUGCCGCAAUAAUAACACCAACAAUGUGAAACUUUAACGAAGUCAUUCAGUAAGUGCGUGCGCGUGUGUGUAUUGGGCGUCUGUGUGCGCUCUCAUGUAAGUGCCAAAUAACAAAUGCGUUUGCCAAGUGGGCGCGAAGUGCGUGUUGCAAGUACGGCCAAUAAAAAUUUAAAUCGAUUUACUUCAUUGCGGUGAUAAAUUUUGUAAAUUCAAGCAGGCAAUUUGAAGCAUUAGCGCAUAAAUUGUGUUUCUUUUCGCCAGCAAUGCACUUCAGAGCGUUCUCCAAUCAAAGGAUGAACUCGAAAUCAACGAGAAUGACUUGCGCUGCCGCUAAGUCAGCGAGAAAGUCAAAGCCAGAGUAGGCGUUUACUAUAAUAAAAAAGGAAUUGAAAGCAUAUACCGUUAUAUACCGUUAUAUGUGUUUGUAUGGGAAGGGGAGAAUGUCAAGUAGUAGAAAGCUUGUAAAAAGUACGCCUUGCAUUAUUAAAAUUCCUUUCGUGCGCAGUCAAGAGGAAAACAUGACACAAAUUGCGGAACUCAAACCCCACAAUACGAAGCGCUACCGAAAUCAGCAGCAACAACAACAAUAACAGCAACAGCUAAAGCAGCAACAACAGCGGCAGCAACUUUUAAAUACAGCAACCGAGAAAAAAAAACCAACAACAAAGUAAUAGCAAAAAGGCAGACCGAACUGCGCUCAAGCACGCCAACUUGGAAACUUAAGGAAAUUCGCAAACACACACACACACACAUGUAUGCACACACAAAUACGUAAAUACGUAAUCAUAGCAGAAGCUUGCGUCUCACUUUAAAAUCGCCUUCAAUGCACAACACUCGCUAAUAGUGACUGCCAAGCUGAAGUGGGACCUUAGCAGUCGUUCUUUGCGAUUUAUGUUAAGGACAAGUGGCGCCAUUUGUUCAGUGCCUCCAUACUCGAGUCACAACUGGCGACGACAACAACACAAGCACAACAGUAGCCAGUGAGCGUACCACAAAUGCGGUAAGGCGGCACGGCAACGGCGGUACAAGCGGUUUGUAAACAAACGCAGCCGCAACGAUUAACAAGGAUUCUUAGUUGCAUUGCCAGCCCCCCAUCUUGGGCUUGGCGUUUGGUACAUCAUACUCGCUACGUCAUAGCAACGUUUACUACGUCAGCAGGAAAAAAUAGUGCCGUAGGUGUUUAGCACAAUAGCACAGACGACGACGACUACGACAACGACAACGGCGACGAGGACGUCGAGGACGUUGAGGACGACUCGGUACUUGAGGACAGUGACGCUGUGGCAUUCGGCUCGGCAUGGGUGACCUGCAAGCAACAAUUGAAUUUUCCGUUGAGCUCUAUAAAUUCUUCAAUGUUGACUUAUUUCAAAGAGGACUCUAUCAGGUGCGCUGCGGUCUACGUGUUUCUCCACGACUCCCCGUACAGGUGGAGACCAGCAUAGCAGACACACCGCAGAACAAUGCACACGCGGCGGAAAUACACACACAGGCGCCAGCAACCACAAAUGGUUGCAAUGGUGGCGACAGCAGUGGCGGUGAUGGCGGCGGCAGCGAUGGCGAUGUGUUGCAAGAGCCGCGUGAACAGCAACAGGAUGCAUUGCCAAGCAUGUUGCAGAACGGCGGCAGCCUAUUGUCGGGAUCUGCAUGCAUAAUUAACGGUUGUGGCGCAUCGCGCGUCUUUCAGAUCCUCUACCGGAAUGAGGAAGUGACGCUGCGCGAUGUUAUACAUUUUCGCACACACUUGUUGGGUGAGUGAUAAUUUAAGAUUUAU